UAAGAACAUUUUUUGUCAUAAAUAUGUUUUGAAUGUGAAGGACAUAAAAGAACACUAAAGCAUUUUAUCCAUCUGGCAACAUUGCUUGGCCCGCGAAACAGUUCGAGAUAUUCGGGAAGACACGAAGUAGUCGAUUGCGCGGGUAGACGUUAGUGCGUUGAGUUUGUGGAGCGAAUAAGAAGGAAAAUGGCGAUGGCAACAACUCAAGUUAAGGGAAGUGGAUGGCCAAGAAGAGCUAGUAACAGUUCUUUUGAAGGGAAAGUGGUACAGAACCAGUCUGUAACUAUCAACAGGACAGUUAAUUUAUAUCCUUUGACAAACUAUACAUUUGGAACAAAAGAGCCACUCUUCGAGAAAGAUCCAUCUGUACCAGCAAGGUUUCAGCGUAUGCGAGAUGAAUUCGAUAAAAUUGGAAUGCGCCGCAGUGUUGAAGGGGUUUUGUUGGUACAUGAACAUGGAUUACCACAUGUCCUCCUGCUCCAAUUGGGAACAACAUUUUUUAAAUUACCUGGAGGAGAACUAAAUGCAGGAGAAGACGAGGUAGAGGGCCUAAAACGGCUCCUUACAGAGACCUUUGGGCGACAAGAUGGAGUCAAGCAUCAGGAAUGGGUGAUAGAAGAUACCAUUGGAAACUGGUGGAGACCUAAUUUUGAACCACCUCAAUAUCCUUAUGUACCACCACAUAUUACUAAACCAAAGGAACACAAAAGAUUGUUUCUUGUCCAACUGCAGGAAAAAGCUCUAUUCGCAGUACCUAAAAACUAUAAGUUAGUUGCUGCACCAUUGUUUGAAUUGUAUGAUAAUUCACAAGGAUAUGGACCUAUUAUUUCCUCGCUACCACAAUCGCUUUGCAGGUAA